AAAUUUUGGCCAUAAGGGAGGUGCCUUUACUAUUAGUUUGUCUACAGCCCCAAGAGACGUGUUUAGCGUUGAAGUCGCCGGCGACGAUAGUUGAUGCACCCGGGGGGAAUAGAAGGGGGAGUUCAGAAAUGUCUCUGUCCGAAGGUGGGAGUAAAGAGGGCCGAAAGUUAAUGGAACUUCGAUGCCGACUGUUUCUAACGAGUCUGUGGCCAAGAGAUAGGCCUGUGCUUUAAAGAAUUCAUAACACCGCCGGCACUGCGGUUUUCACGGUACCUUCUGUAGGAUGAGAGACUAAUGCGUCGAAAGUUUUAUGAAAGAACUGAAAACUCAAUAUAAGUCGGUUCGUCAAAUUUAUGUAAUAAGGGAAUGUAUAAUUUGUACUGACCUUUAGUUUUUCCAUGGGCCGUUUUGACUUCGAAAGGUUCUUCGUAUAAAUAAUCAGAAAAAUAUUUGAAAGUCAAGGAAUUCAUGAUAAAAUCAGAAGCUCCACUAUCGAUUAAAAUUUUGCAGUCGUAUUCGUUUGAAUGUAUGUAUGGUAGUCUAGGUGUUUUAACGAAAGCAUUAUUAAUUUUUUCAAAAUGUCUUUCAAAAAUGUUCUAUGUAAUUUUGUCUAUUGAUGUCUGUGAACGAAAAUUUUCAUUUUCAUUUUCUUGGGUGGUAUUUUCAUCUGAAAAGGUCAGGUCUGUAGGAGGGGUAUUGUUAUCAAAAGGCUGUAUAGGUAGAUAAGCGUUUCCGUACUCAUCAGAAACGUACGGGUCUUGUUCAACAUUAGUUAAUUUUUUAACUAGGAAAUUGGGUUUUUGCUGGUUUUGGAAAUUGUUAGGUCUUUGAUUUUGAGAGUUAUUUAUUCGUCUAAAUUGGGAAACAGUUGAGUCAUAGACAUAUAUUAAUGUCGUUGUAGUAAUUUCUUGUCUCGAAAAGUGAGGGAGAUGGCGUAUAGUUUCGGACUAGUGCUACCUCUUUCAUUACACGUCUACGCACUAUCGUAAGAGAGAUGAAUAUUGCCCGAAACUUCGUUCCAUCUCUUUCUUUAGUUGUACCACAAUUCUGACCACUAAGCAUGUCCAAUAAUAAACGUCGAUGACUUGAGUAUUAUUUUAUCUAUGGUAUUAUUUUAAUGUGUAUUGCCAGAGAAGAGAGACGUAUAUAGAAAUACAAUGCCGUGUUUCAUUUGCGGAUCACCCCAGAUCACCCCAAGCCGGCAGGUUCCCACCCCAGCCACCAAGUGGCGACACUGCGCCCGCAAGCUUCGAUACCCCAACGCUUGGUGGCGACAAUGUCAUUGCAUUAGCCGCGCCUAUUUUACUAAAGAAGGAUGCGCACGCAUAGAAAAUAAGUUUGGCGGCAGAAAAAAUCAUCUUGAAUUUUUAGAUUUUCUGAGAUUCUUGGAAAGUUAACACUUCGAGCGAAAUAAUUCGAGCGAAAACUUAUUAUCUUUUUUAAUUUGUUUAAUUACAUUAACAGUGCAUAAAAUUUGUGUUGUUUUUUUGCGAGUGUGUUCAGUGUAUAAAUUAUUGUGCAUUGUAAUCGUAAAAAUGCCAUCUACAAAUAUUUGUGCAUUUUUAAAAUGUAAAAAUACAUCAACGAGAAUGCCACAUCUCUCGUUUCACCGUUUUCCAAAAAAUGAAAGCCUUGCAACUGAGUGGAUCCUUCGGAGCGGCAAUGAUAAAUUAUUCGAUCUGGGGCCAAAACAACUUCACGAAAAAAGAUUGUGUGCAGAGCAUUUUGAUGAAAGUUGUUUUUCUGGAGAUCCAAAUGGACGCAAGCGAAGAUUAUUAAGUAAUGCUUUGCCAAUAUUUUUUUUGCAUGAUAGUAAUGAUAGCAUAAAUAACCAAAUUCAUGCAACAAACUGCAUGUCUAUUUCACCAUCAUGUGAAUUGCAUGACAUCAAUACUUACAAUACUCCUAUUUCGUCCGGUUCUUCGAUAAACGAUUUAAGUCCGCCUGUGUAUUCCCAUACAACAAAUUCUAGGACUAAUAAUAAUUAUAGAAGUAAUUAUUUACUAAAAAAGAAAAUAAAUAUAUUACAGAAAAAAUUAGAUAAUGCACGAAAAGUUAUUAAAAAUAUGAAACGAGCUAAAACCGCCAAAAAAUCUCGGACUGUAACCGUUAAAACUGUUUUAGAAGAUGCCGCGAAGUUUUUAAAUAAAAAUCAAUUAUUGAUUUUAAAAAUGCAAUUGGUUCGAGUUUUAAAAAAAAAAACGGAGUGGACUCCGUCCGAACAACGUUUUGCCACGUCUUUAUAUUAUAUUUCACCAAAAGCGUACAAUUUUCUUCGCGAUGAAAAAAACAUUACUCUCCCGUGUGUUGGAUCCAUUCGCCAAUGGAUCAAUAAUCUCGAAAUGAUGACAGGUUUCAAUGACCGUUUAUUUAGUAUAAUUCGGGAUAAAGCAAAAGGUAUGUCUCCUGAUGAAUGUGACGCGGUUUUAACUUGGGACGAGAUGAGCAUUAAAGAACAUUUAGAAUUCAAUUCGAAAAUCGAUUUUAUUGAAGGUCUCGAGGACCUCGGUGAGUUAGGAAGAAAGAAUAAAAAUGGUAAAUACGCAUUAGUUUUUAUGAUCCGUGGUUUAAAAUUUCCAUGGAAAUUACCAAUUGCAUAUUUUAUUUCGCGUCAAAAUAUUACAGGUUCCACGUUAGCCAAUUUAAUUAAGUUAUCCGUUAAAAAGUGUUUUGAAGUCGGGAUUAGAAUUCGAUCGACAGUAUGCGACCAGAAGAGAGUUGAAGCAUGGGGGAUCCGAGGGGGGGGAGAACCGUCGGAGUAUGUGGUGGGGUUUGCGUGGCCUGGCACUGACGCCCGGAGAAUUGCUGCGAAUGAGAUUGCAGACUCAGGGAGAGAAGGUAAACCGGAUCCGCAUGUAAGUGCCUUGAAGAGGUUUAAAGCGGUGAGGAAGGACGCAGCUCUAGAUGGGAAUGACGUAGGAGCAAAUACUCCUGAUUAUUGCGUUAAGCACACGGAUUUUCGUAUGUUGGGCGAUGGAGCGGUUUCGGAAGAAAGGCUUGAGUGCGAUGAAUGCAUCCAUCCAGUUUAG